AUGCUUCUCUUCGCGCUUCCUUCUCGAGCCCGCCCUGAGCGAAAGAAAAUUCAUUCUGGAGAGAAACCAUAUCAAUGUAAUGAAUGUGGGAAGGCCUUCAGUCACAAGGCAGGACUUACUUGCCAUGAGAAAAUUCAUACUGGAGAGAAACCAUAUCAAUGUAAUAAAUGUGGUAAAGCUUUCAGCAGAAAAUCUGUUCUUACUGAUCAUCAGAAAAGUCAUACAGGAGAAAAACCUUAUCAGUGUAAUGAAUGUGGGAAAGCUUUCACUAGGAGGACUAUUCUUACUCAACAUCAGAAAAUUCAUACUGGAGAGAAACCUUACAAAUGUAAUGAAUGUGGGAAAGCCUUCAGUCAGAAAAUAGGACUGACAUGCCAUCAGAAUAUUCAUACUGGAGAGAAACCUUAUGAAUGUAAUGAUUGUGGUAAAGCCUUCACUCAAAAGACAGGACUUACAAGACAUCAGAAAAUUCAUACUGGAGAGAAACCAUAUCAGUGUAAUGAAUGUGGGAAGGCCUUUAAUCAGAAGAGAACACUUACUGAACAUCAAAAUAUUCAUACUGGAGAGAAACCUUAUGAAUGUAAUGAAUGUGGGAAAGCUUUCAAUCAGAAGAACACACUUACUGAACAUCAGAAUAUUCAUACUGGAGAGAAACCUUAUGAAUGUAAUGAAUGUGGGAAAGCCUUCAAUCAGAAGAAAAGACUUACUAAGCAUCAGUACAUUCACACUGGAGAGAAACCUUAUGAAUGUAAAGAAUGUGGGAAAGCCUUUAGUCAGAAGAGAACACUUAUUGAACAUCAAAAUAUUCAUACUGGGGAGAAACCUUAUGGAUGUAAUGAAUGUGGGAAAGCCUUUGGUCAGAAAACAGGACUUACUAAACAUCAGAAAUGUCAUAGUGGAGAGAAACCAUAUCAAUGUAAUCAAUGUGGGAGAGCCUUCACCAGGAGGACGAGACUUACUCGACAUCAGAAAAUUCAUACUGGAGAGAAACCUUAUAAAUGUAAUGAAUGUGGGAAAGCUUUCAGAGAGAAGACAAGCCUUACUCAACAUCAAAAAAUUCAUACUGGAGAAAAACCAUAUCAGUGGGUUAUAGAAAAAGCACGUUACUUGACAGCCACCAGCUUGCUCUGGGCCGUGCAGGGCGAUCCCGGGCGGAGACAGAGCGAAGCUGGCGCGGGGAGGGAAUCGGACCGAACUCCGACCCACAAUAAAGUCCUCUUUUACUCGCUGUGGAGGACGCCUGUGGCUAAAUCCUUUCCAGAACGACCCAGACCAACCCUUCAUGCACAUUAUUUUGGUGGCCGGUAUGGGGAAGUGAAGUUCUGGGCUCGGACUUUCUCCAUUUCGAGAUCUGGGAAAAAUUCAGCUUCCACUAAAUUUGAGCCUGACAAGGCUCCUGACUUGCUUGAUGACCUGCUCCUUUCCACCCCACCUAGCACCAGCACCACCAUCAUUGGUAUCUAG